AAGUCCGUGCUACACUUAACGUCCAAACCCAUAUGAGACAGUGGAGAAGGGCACAUGAUGUAUGACAGCGGCUGCGGUAGCCCCGCCUCCCCUCUCUCCUCCCCCACCCUCACCCUCCCAUCCUCAUCCCUCCCUGUGUCCCACUAAAGCGAUUUCGCGCAGCCAGGGACUCGUCCCUGCGGUCACGGAUGGCAACAUGGCGACAGAGUUCCACAACCUGCAGGAGUUGAGGCACAGCGCAUCUCUGGCCAACAAGGUUUUCAUCCAGAGAGAUUACAGUGAAGGGACCACCUGCAAGUUUCAGCUCAAGUUUCCCUCUGAGCUCGACAGCAGGAUUGAGCGGACGCUGUUUGAGGACACCGUGAAGACACUGAACAACUACUACGCCGAGGCUGAAAAGAUCGGAGGACAGUCAUACCUGGAGGGCUGUUUGGCCUGCGCUACGGCUUAUCUCAUCUUCUUCUGCAUGGAGACGCGUUAUGAAAAGGUCCUGAAGAAGAUCGCCAAAUACAUUCAGGAACAGAAUGAGAAGAUCUACGCUCCCAGAGGACUGCUCAUCACAGAUCCUAUAGAAAGGGGAAUGCGUGUGAUAGAGAUUUCCAUUUAUGAAGACCGGGGCUCCAGCGGCUCCAGCUCAGGGAGUAGCUCGGUGUCUGGCAGCACUGCUCGAUGACUGGGCCCUUCCCAAAAACGACAUCCAAACCUGGAAGACAAUCUAGGACAAUGACACCACUCCUGUCCCAACACUUACAUCCAGAAACCAAUCUCACAAAAGCACUUCACUAGUUUUCUCUUGUUAACUGCCAUCACAUGCUUCAAUUCUUCAGGCGUCGUUUCCAGUAAAGUCCUAAAGUGUUAAUACAACCAUGCAUCAGGAUGUAUUUGUGUCAGUGAACAGAGAAAUGAUCCUAGCUGGUAAUACUUUGUGGGAUUUGCUGCCUUCAUGUCUUGGCUGGUGGGCAGAAUGAAACAGCAGAAGGAUGUGAGAGCAAACAAGGAUGGAAGUGUUGAGACAGGAGUGAGGACCACAAACCUCACUAAACCUCAUACCUCAACAACCACAUCCGCACCACGUGGACCAGGUCAACCACAGCCAAACCCUGCCCAUGCGAGACCAACCAGGACACUGGGCUACGCUCAGCAACGCCACCCUCCAGACACUGGCUUUAAAAUAUCAUGUGUAGCACUGUCUGUGUAUGCAGACUCUUAGCAAAGUAAGUAUCACCCACCCAGAGCCUAGAGAAAGUGUAUCGACCCUCUUCUUCACUCAUCUCUGCUCAGUGCUAGCAGAGGAUGUCAUCCAUCCUGUCCAUGUAUGUAAUGUAGCAGCUCCUUCAUCUUCAUGAAACCUAUCUUUAAUUCAUCCAACUUAAUCUACUGCACAAAUAUAACCUAGGUACUAACCUCUGGGUUCCAACCAAACUCAACUUGAGAGAUCAACUCUUCCGAAAUUCAGAUUAUGCAAAAACCUGCUGUGCAUUAAAUGUCACAGUAAGCAGACAAAGGAUGGGUCAAAACGUCUUCCUAAAUCAUCGUAGUGAUUUGCACCAACCCUUCCCUGAUUUCUGAAUACACUUCCAAAGAACAAUACCUGCCAAACACUGGCUCACUAAUGUGAACAUGUCUUUUAUUUAGUGCAAGAGCCAAGUUUCAUACUGCUUAUUGUUUGAUACACAUAUGACUGGUGUCAAAUAAAUACUGUUUCAUCACA